UUGUCCUCAGUUUAUCUGUACAUACAUCAUGGGAGACGGAAGGAUUAUGUUGUUGCUCUUUAUUGUGGCGGUGCUAGUAUUUCAGGAGUCCAGUGGGCAGUUUCCACCUCAGAUACCUGGUAAAUGGCGGAACCCGAACAUAGAGCGUUAUGUCCAAAGCCUCUGUAGAUUCAUGCAGUGUCCUGGUAUUGAAGGCGUGUGUGACCUGAGACCUUACCCAUGCUUUUCUCCUCCAUGUGAUGUCGGGCCGACCUGUAUCCCUAGUCCAGGAAGUUCUUCGAAACCGGGCAAUUGCCCUUCUCCUUUUAACAUAUGGACACGACAGGUCAGGUGUAACACAGACAUAGCUUGUUAUAAUUCAGAGAUAUGUUGUCACGGAUUCUUCGGAAGCGAAUGUAGGGCACCGGAACCAUUCAUGUUCUAAGAGUCCGAUGAUCAAUGUGUUGGAAAUCAAAUAAAACCUAAGUACACAGUGAAAUGUGAAUAUUGUUGAUGAGUUUUGUAAUGUGUGCUAUUAUUCGAUACUUUAGGGCAAUAAGACGAUAAACGAUUAGUAUUUUCUAAUUUU